GCGCGCGCAGGAUCGAUGUCACAAUAUCAUUUCAAGGGAAGGUCAACGUCAGGAAACGACCAACCCGGUACUUAUUUACACGUUCUUUAACGACUCAUUAACAACUUAUCUGAUUGUUAUAGAUAUAUGUGAUAAUCAACAGGAGAAAUUUAUCUCAGAAACAACGAAAUCAUUUGAUGUAUGCGUAUGAAUCCAUCACGGGAGAUUGACAAGGCUUCGCGAGAAGAAGCAGUGGAAACAGAAGUGGAAGGAGGAAGAAGGAGAACAAACGAGAGAACUUGUCCUUUUGUUGAGGGUCCAGUUUGUGCCUCGAUGUCAGGAUUAGUGUGUCACGAUAGACCUUCAUCCAUAUAAUCGAGCUUUACAGACGGGGGAAGUACACCUUCAGAUGAAAUGAAGAGAUCCCAAGCUCGAGGCCUUAUAGAGCGUUAUUUCUACCAGCUAACCAAUGGCUGUGGCAAUACUAGCUGUUGCAAUGAGUUCUGUGCCUCCAGUGGACGACGCACCCACCUGAGCAGUAAUGAGGCAGCAGCCAUGGCUCUUGAUCUGUUCAAACGUAAAGCCACCCUGUGUGAGUCUGCUCCUAACAAACAGCUCAAGACGGGCAAUGAAGAAGAUCAGACUGAUGAUACAACACCCAUGGAUGUAUCUCCUGAACAGCCAUCAACAAGCUCUCUUAGGAAUACACCUUCAACAAGUUCAUCAGACAGUGAUAAACAAACCCUCUUGCCAAAGCCUCAAGACACACACAGGAGCUCAUCAGUAUCAGAUAGUAUAAAAGACAUCUCCUUCUUGACAGAAGCCAAAAUCAUGGAGAUCAUCAAUGAGUGUGUGGAGUCCAAUAAAUUUUCUCCUCUUGUUCGUGUGAUCGGCCAAGUCUUUUCCUGUUGGCAGUCAUUGAACAAGAGCUUUUUAAGAACUGAGAAGCAAGGUCUUUCAGAUAAAGAGAGGAAGCAGAGUGAUGAAAAGGAAAUGGAUGAGAUGGAUGAAGGUCUACAGAGUAUUAGCACACGCCUUGCUGAUCAUGAUCUAGGAGAGUGUUCAUCAAAGACUACAAAGAGUCUGGAUGUGGACAUUGAGUCAGUGCAGAGGGUCUAUGAAGCAAUCACAAAGCUAGAUGAAGAGAGGGUUAAUAAUGCUAUGCUGAAUGCAGUUACUAGUCUGGCUCACAUGGCUGAUGUGGAGGUCAGAGUGAAUGCUCACUUUCGUGAUGGUAGCAAUCAUCUUAACUUUAUCAUCAUCACCAUGGAGAAUCCCAUGAUGUCCAGUCCGGAGUACUUAGAGGUUGCCUUUCCCACCUUCUGCCGGGCCCUGAGCCAUCUUCCUCUCCCGGCCUGCUGUAGUCUUGCAAGGGUGUGGGCCAAGUUCUCACCAGGGAAUCUCACCCGCAAGGUACAGUCCUUGCAGCAGCUAAUCACAUUCAAAGUGCUAAGUGGACACUUUAAUUCCGGACCGCGGAGAAACACCGUUAACGAGGAUGAUGCAAUAACUUCAGCAACAGACUGCAUGAAGAUUCUGUAUUAUGCAUGUAUACUUGGUGGAGAGGUGGAACGUCAGAGCAGGCUAUCCACAGAGGAGGAGGAGCUUAAUCUCCAAGAGUUUCUUGGAGCUAUCGGACAUGAAAACAAAGAAAGGAAACCCCCCAAAGAAGACUCAUUUGCCAAAGAGCUUGGCCUAACUGUUCUGGAUUGUCGCAAACCUCUCAUCCCAUUUAGUGAGUUUUACAAUGAGCCAUUGAAUGAUCAAUUGGAAGUGGACCAUGACUUCACCUACUAUAAGAAGGAGAGUGAUGGACGAUUUGCAUUUCUCAAUUAUCCAUUCAUUCUAACACCUGCCACUAAGAACACAGGUUUAUAUUAUGACAAUCGUGUGAGAAUGUAUCAUGAGAGGAGACUGACACUACUUAAUAGCUUGGUACAGGGUGAAGAAAUCAAUCCGUAUCUCAAGCUCAAAGUUCGUCGAGACCAUGUAGUAGAUGAUUCAUUAGUUAGGUUGGAGAUGAUUGCAGUUGACAACCCCAUGGAUCUUAAGAAGCAGCUGUAUGUUGAGUUUGAAGGAGAACAAGGUGUAGAUGAAGGCGGGGUCUCAAAAGAAUUCUUCCAACUGGUCAUUGAAGAGAUCUUUAAUCCUGAUAUUGGUAUGUUUACCCAUAAUACAGACAUGCAGACAUAUUGGUUCAACCCUACAUCAUUUGAGACAGACCGUCAGUACACUCUAAUAGGUAUUGUACUAGGCUUGGCCAUCUAUAAUAAUAUCAUCCUAGAUGUUACCUUCCCUAUGGUUGUCUACAGGAAGCUGAUGGGACGACGAGGAGUCUUUGCUGAUCUCUACGAUGCUCAACCAGUUUUGUACAACAGCUUGAAGUCCCUCCUUGAACAUGAAGAUGCAGUAGAAGAGACAUUCAUGAUGAACUUUAUGAUCAGUUACACAGAUGUCUUUGGUAGUACCAUUACACAUGACUUGAAGGAGAAUGGUGCCCAGAUCCCUGUUACUGCUGAUAACAGACAGGAGUUUGUUGAUCUGUAUGCAGACUUCAUCUUGAACAAGUCAAUAGAAAGACAGUUCAGAGCUUUCAGGAGAGGUUUUGAUAUGGUGACGGAUGAGAGUCCACUUAGGAAUUGGUUUAGACCAGAUGAGGUGGAACUCCUUGUUUGUGGGAGCAAGAACUUUGACUUCAAUGAGCUUGAGAAAGCUACCGAGUAUGAUGGAGGAUACACCAGUACAUCUCCAACUAUCAGGUACUUCUGGGAGAUUGUGCAUGGUAUGGAUGAAGAACAGAAGAAGAAGCUAUUGAUGUUCACUACAGGCAGUGAUAGGGUUCCUGUAGGAGGCCUAUCAAAACUCAGACUUAUCCUGGCAAAGAAUGGUCCAGACUCAGAUAGGUUACCAACUUCUCACACCUGUUUCAAUGUUCUCUUGCUUCCCGAGUACUCCAGCAAAGCCAAACUAGAAGAGAGGUUACUCAAAGCCAUCACACAUGCUAAAGGCUUUGGCAUGCUCUAAAACAACCAGUACUCCAAACCAAGGCUGCCUGCCGUAGCAACAAAGCAACAGAUUUCAUUGAAUUCCUCUGUAGGACAAUAUAUCAUUGAUUAGACCAGGUUUCAGAAGUGUUUCAUUGUAAUUUCACUUUUUUUUCUUUCUUGUUUUUUCUGAAUCAUAUGAGAUUUCAUUACUGUUUCAUUCUUAUUCCUCUUCUUUGUUGAUUUUUGAAUUUUUGGAUUCUAUUCUUUCUUAUUUUUUUCCGAAGUAUCUGUUUCAUCAUGAUGAUUGUAGGAGGAUUCGGUGUAAAUUCCUCUGCUUCUUCUGUGUCCUGUUCUUUGUUUCUUUCCAUCUAUGUAUCCAUCUCUCACCCAUUUCCUUGGUUUGGUAACUUAAGCACUGAGAUAACAUAGUAAUAAGUCAAGUUGAAUGAUUUUUGUUUUAUGCAUUGAAAUGAACAUUUACUAUUAUGCAUGAAGAUGUCCAACUGCAUCAUAUCUAUGUGUGUAAAGAAUGCUGGAAACACAUAUGGCACCAGAAUACAAAGAAAUUUAGGGAAAUCAUCUUGGUUAAUGAAAUGUUUAGCAUGGAUUAUUGGAUGAAAGAUGUCACAUCGGGCAACCCGAGUUUGAUUUUCUAUCAUAGGCAAUUGUUUGAUUGUGGAGAUAUUUCAUAGCUUUGAAAAAGAUACAAAAUGAGGUGAUAGAUAAUUGUUGUGUACAUUUGUACACUUUAAGACAUUUUCUGGAUAGAUCUAGAUUUUAGUUCACACAUAAGAGGUAAUGAAAGAAUUUUUUGCCAAUAGUAUUUAACUGGCUAGCAGUGACUGGAAUGAACUUCAAAUUUCUACAAUAUUAAUUUGUAUCCUGUAUCCCAAGUCGCAAAUUAUGAAUUAGCACUGAAACAAUAUCCUUCAGUAUUUGAAGGAAAUUGAUACUUGGAAUUAGUUUUUCAAAAUAGAAUUGUUCAAAUCUAAAGUAUGAAUUUUCCACAAUACCUUCAAAAAUUACCUUUUUAAUAAGAAUGAUUUAUGAUAUUGAUAUGGACAAAAUGUGCAGAAUCUUGUUAGCAUUUCAUUUCCACUUUGCACCUGAAGUAUAAGAAAUUAUCAAUUAUCACUGAGUAUCACUUUUGAGUUUAUAAGAAACAAGAUUGAAGAUUGAAUUAGGAAUAUAACUAUUGCAUAUGAAAUGUUUAAGAAGUAAAUUUAGAUUGCUAUUGACAUGCAUCCAUUGAACGUUUGAUUUCUUACAUUUGGGUAAACAAUACAAAAUGCUUACACCUUAUAAUGAAUGAAUAGUAUGAUUUUAAUUUCAUAUUGAUCACUUUAUAUUUUGGUUGCACACAUUUGGGUAAACAAUACAAAAUGCUUACACCUUAAUGUACAAAGAAAAAAAUAUUUGUUUAAUUUUACGAUGAUCUUUUCAUAGAAUCUUUCUGAUUGCACACAUUUGGGUAGACAAUACAAAAUGCUUACACCUUUUAGGUUAUACAAAGAAAAAAAUAUUUAUUUGAUUUUACGAUGAUCUUUUCAUAGAAUCUUUCUGAUUGCACACAUUUGGGUAGACAAUACAAAAUGCUUACACCUUUUAGGUUAUA